AUGCUGCGGAGGAGAGCGAGAGACCCCGCCGCCGUCUUGAUUCUACCUGCCAUCCUGCUCCUGGCGGCGGCGGCGGCCGCAGCGGUGGCCAUGGCGGCGGAGGAAGCGUUGCCGUUGCCGAUGCCGAUGCCGAUGGAGGUCUACUUCACGCCCGCGGAGCUGGCGCGCAUCGCGGGGUACGGCGAGGAGCCGUUGUCGUCGGUCUCCGUGUCCGGGCAGCUUACCUGCGAGCUCUGCCUCCGCCCCGGCUCCCACCUCCUCACCUUGGAGAUGCCAGGUGCUAAGGUAGCAGUAAGCUGCAGAAGUGAACGGACUCCCAACAACCAAUUGGAUAGCUCUGCAUUUGCUACGACGGAUGAGUACGGCAACUUCACGAUUGAUCUCCCUCCCCAGCUCCACGCCACGCCAGACCUGGAGAAGGCCUGCACCGUCAGGGUGCUCCAGCUCCCGGCAGACUCGUGCCGGCUUCGCCACCGCACCGGCGACACCUAUGGCCUCAGGCUAUCAUCUGUAGAAGACGGCGUCCGAGCCUACACUGCUGGGGUGAUACGGCUUCAAGACAGCGCUACGCCGUCCGAUCAUUGUGUGGGUGUGGAGCACAUGUCUCAAAGAAGAUGA